GGCGGUAGAAGAAGGCUUAUCUCCGGGCUCGGAGGCUGUCUUCUGUAGAUUGGGAUUUACGAGCCUGACUGCUGCUUGGUUACACAAGUCUAUGGACUCCAAGGUGUGCUACUGAGUUAGAAAGAAAUCUGGGAUCUGUCACGCUGUGGAAGGGUAAAAGCAACCCUGUAGAGCCAGCAAAACAAGCCCAAACCUUCCUACCUCCCUACAACCAACUUUACCCCCCACCUGCUGACCGUAAGCAUUUCUCCUCCUUUCAUUCUCCUUCCUUUGGAGGCUGUAGGAUGAGGCAUUUCCCUCUGUCUGUCUCGGGGUAAAAGGAUACCCUAGGGGCAGCAACACACAUCUGGCAGGGAUUGAAAGGUUUAAAUCCAGCCUCCACGGCAAUCAACAAUGGCCAAUGAACCAGUGAUUCUGAAUGUGUAUGAUAUGUACUGGAUAAAUGAAUACACCUCCACCUUGGGCAUUGGUGUCUUCCAUUCUGGCAUUGAGAUCUACGGCAGAGAGUUUGCCUAUGGAGGGCAUCCCUACCCUUUCAGUGGGAUUUUCGAGAUCACACCUGGCAGUGUGGUAGAGCUUGGCGAGACCUUUAAAUUCAAAGAAUCCAUCGCACUAGGCACCACAGACUUCACAGAAGAGGAUGUGGAUAAAAUUAUGGAAGAGCUGGGCAAAGAAUACAAAGGCAACGCAUACCACCUGAUGCACAAGAACUGUAAUCAUUUCUCUGCUGCUUUGGCUGAGAUCCUGUGUGGGAAGGAGAUCCCCCGCUGGGUGAACCGCCUGGCCUACUUCAGCUCCUGCAUCCCUUUCCUCCAGAGCUGCCUCCCCAAGGAGUGGCUGACCCCAGCAGCCCUGCAGAGCCACAUCAGCCUUGGCUUGCACAAGGAGGAGCAUGGGGACACAACAGACGAGGAGUCUCCCUCCACCUCUGCCACUCCCUCAGCCUCAGGCACCUCACGAACCUGUAGACAUACCAGGGUCUGAGCUGUGCCCACUAUGGCCUCUAGUAACAUUCUCCUCUUUCUUGUGCUGUUUCUUCCUCAGUCACCCUUUCGCACACCAUGGUUUCUCCCCUCUUAUCUCUUUUUUCAUCUGACAAAGCAGGGGAGGGAAGACCCCUACUACUGAGGAGGAGAAGCUUCAGACCCUAUUCAAAAGGCUGCUACUACAGUUACUUGGCAAAAUGAUUGUGAACUCCAACACUGAGCUGAGGAAUGUGGCAACUCUGCUGGAUUCUCCUCCCAGGAUCCCCAUGCUCCUUGAUCCAUGGAGAAUGCUGCUCUCUCAGACAUGAGAGCUCAUGUAGGAGCAGGGAGCACCAUACUGUGAUGUCCCUCCACUAGGACAGUUUUGUCUUUUUAUCUCUUCCCCCACCCACUUGAUCCCAGCAGCCUCCUCUGUAUUUUGGCUUGGAUUGCCACAUGGCGAAUUUCCUGCUUGCACCCAGUGAGGCAGGCAGAGCCAGAACUCAACCUUCUCAUCUCUUAGACCAGCAACAAGCUCCACUCAGCCACAUCCCUUUUGUAAUUAUCAGGUUUCUAAUUCAUGUGAAGGAAUUGAAAGGUGCUGAUGUUCUUACAACUACCAGUUUUCAUUAUUCAAAUUUAAGAGCUCGACUGACUGCCCUGCUCUUGAAAAUAAUAACAAAGAGAACCCAGAAAAUGAAUGUGUUACUAUGGCUUUUCUUCGGGAUUAAAAAAAAAAAGCUACUGCUUAGAGGCAGCUACUAAGUAGGUGCAGAGAUGACUGUUGUCCAUGUUGGUGCUUUUUGGCACAAACCCCUCUCAGAUCCCCUACUUCUAGGCAGUGUUCCUGGUUACCUUUUUUUUUCCCCAGGCUGGCAAACGUACCUGACAUUUGCUGGCUGUUUUUGAGGGAAAUGGCCCUCUGGAGCAGUAAGAUAAGGGGAAGAAAUCUACUGGGAAGAUCAGUACUUCUUUCAGCUUUUUCUUCUGCACCCAUAAACAUAAAACAUGUCUCCUGAGCCACCCUUCCCCAGACCAUUGCAGAGCCAACCCAAGAAGGUAAAAAAUAAGUGAUGAACCUGUUUCCUCCUCCUCCCUUUCUGGAGGUGGAGGGGGAAACCUAGGGCCACAUCAAGAAAGCAUGGGUGACCCUUCCCAUGCAUGGGCCACCAUGGUGCCUUCUGUUGUGUGCACUAUUUCACUGGCAUGAAAAAUGGGCAGAGCUGGCUUGUUGGUCUCUCCAGGCAGGUUCUUUAUAUGAAUCUGGGUGUUUCUGUUCAUUCUGAUGGCUGACAAGAAAGCUGAGGAGGGAGAAAAGGAGAGGUAUACCAACCCUUCUACUCAAUUACCUCACCAAGGUUUCAGAAGAUGCAGGAGAGCAUCAAAGGGAAACCCAAGCCUCUCUCCCCCUUCUAGCUCCUCUUGACCACACAAAGGAGAAUAAAAAAGAACAGGUCUGGUGAUGACAGGAGGUUGCAACUUUAGAAACGCUGUUCUUAACAGCUGCUAUCAAGUCAGGACUUUCCCCUCCAUCCAGAAAGAACUGUAAGUCCUUCAGAGAUGUUGUUUCCUUUUACUCUUGAAGAAAGACCAAGAGCAUGGUAAAUCCAACCAGCUGUUUCUUUAGCUCAGGUAUAUAGAAGUGCAUGCUCUCAGUGCUGAAGGUCUUGGCUAUGAUGCACAUCAUGUCUGCACAGACAGUGCUUCAUGUUUUGUUACAUGUGCAUACCUCCAGUGAAAAAGGAGAAAAAUGUGUGUUUGGACAAUGAGCAUUUUACAACGCACCUUCCAUUUUCAUCUUCUGAACAAAUUGCUGCAAGUUCUGUACUGAACUAAAGUUAUACUCCUUAUAAACCUUGGCUACUCACAGUCAGUACUGCAUUGUGAGCAGUUCUACAGCUCCUGAUAUCCAAUCCAGCACCAGUCUUGAUUACCCUGGCUUGUUCCAGGAUGUUUAAUAAGAUUUCCAUCCUGUUUUCCAUUCUGCUGCCCAGAAACAUUACACAAUGUACUGUUGUGUGCUCUUUUCACCUGCAGUCAUGGUCACUGUAGCCUAAACCAGCAAUGCAAGUUCCAUUCGUCUGAAGUUCCCAGGGUGCCUGCCAAUAGCCAGCAGCACAGUACGUGCAGUGAAUUUUAAAAUCACUUUGUAGGUCCUUCUCUGGAGGUGAGUAAGAAAAGGCUUUCCCAGAGCUUUUGCAUAGACCAGGGAUUCCUGAUCUGACAAAAGCCAGCCUACCAGCACCCUCAGGUUACUAUUCUGCACCUGAGCUCCAGAUAGAACAUCAUUAUACAUUUAGGAGAGAACUACGGCUCCAGUGGCACAUUUCACAAGUAAAACCUUCACAGUAUUCCAGAAGAUAAAAUAUCUAACUGGCUGUGUUGUAACAGACAAGAAAGCUGCACUCAGCCUUCUUGGGGAUGUGGAUAAGUGCUUGUAGUAUUGGGAGUAACACUUGGGGUGAACUGUUGUUGUCAUAAAAACUAGAUGUUUAUCUACUUUUAUGUUUGUCAGUCUUUUAUGUAGGGGUCAUAACAAGGAGGCAUGCAACCUCUGUUGUAAGUCAAAAUGAGAAUAUAUUCCACUCUUCAAAAAGGUUUCUCCUCACUCCUCUCUGUUCAAGGUGAUUGAACAAUGACAAGAACAAAGGGACACUGUGGAAAUAAAAUAUAUAUUGAUAAUAGCUUUAUCUCUGUAAUUUAACAGCAUUUUAGAUUAUUAAAAGUGAAAACAUUUUUAAAGUCUAAUUUACUGCUUAUCUCUGGCACAGCAUGUUUGAUUUAAGCAAAUCUUAUCCUUCUGAACAUAAAAUUAUUGUUAUUAUCAUGUAAUUAUAUAGCAUUUGCAUUUAGUUUCAUAUUUGCUUUCUCUUACUCUUCUGGAUUGUAACAUCAUAGGAAAAUUUCAGAUACCAGUAGUUAUCAGUGGAAACAAAAGAACAGCUUAUAACUCUUGACCAGAGCACUCAGUGAAACCAACACAACCCUUUAACCCAAGACUUGUUGGGCCCUUUUAGAAUUUGGAACAUGAGGGUGCUGACUCUGCACGUGGGCAUCAGCAGCUGUGGAUUAUUUCUCUAACAGAGAGCUAAUAGCAACAGGUGAGAAAGUAACACCAAAGGCGAUGUUAGCAUAAUGCUGGUGUUACAUGUCAAACUGUUUCUAAGGAAAGUUAAAGUGAGAGGAAUGAGGUAAGCAAUAACCUCUCUUCUCAGCACUUCUAUGUCUGUAAUGGCAGCUGUCGUGGUUUUGGGAGAUUCAUCCCACCCUCAGUACAGCACAGAGAUGGGCACAGGACUGUUCUCUUCUCUUAGCUCCCAUAUGAAAGUUGGCAUUUCUGGAAUUCAGGUAUUUGACUGAAUGGUAGAACUCAUUCAUUUGCUACCUGGAAUAAAUAACGAAUGGUUCUAAA